AUAUAAAAAGAUUAAUAAGUGGUUGAAUUUUCCACUUUCCGGCAUAAUUUUUCAUUAAAAUAAAUAAAAGAAAUAACAUAUUUCUGUUUUUUCGACUUGUGGAAAGUAGAAAGUAGACUUUUUUUUAUUGCUCACUUUGGCGAUUUCCCUUUUAAUAGAAUAUGAGUUCAAUGACAGAAGUUGAGCUAGUGCUUUAUUGCAUUAUAGCUUUGAUUAUUUUAGAAAAUCUCUUCGAAGUCUAUAUUGCCUUACGUCAAGUUAAGGUGUUUAAAACGUCAAAUAAAGUUCCUGAGGAGCUAAAGGCUCAUAUGAGCAACGAGACAUUCCACAAAGCGCGCAAAUAUGGCUUGGAUCGUGAGCAGUUCGGAAUUUGUAAAUGUUUGUUUAUGGAUGUUUGUGUUAUACCUCUUGAAUUAUAUUUCGGGUUAAUGGCUUAUAUGUGGCAAGCUGCCUUAAAUUGGGUUAACUACUUUAAAUUGAACGCCAAUAAUGAGAUUAUAGUCAGUUGUUUCUUUGUGGUGUUGAUUAGCUUACAUGGCUAUUUAAAAGAUUUACCUUUCAAAUUGUAUGGCACUUUUGUAUUGGAACAGAAACACGGCUUCAAUAAGCAGACAGCAAGAUUUUUUGUAUGGGAUCAAAUCAAAGGUUUGCUGGUGGGCAAUAUUCUAACGGUUUUGGUAUCUGCCGCUGUGGUGUUCAUAGUUCAAUGGGGUGGUGAACAUUUCUUCAUAUACCUUUGGGUAUUUGCCGGUGUAUUGUCGCUAAUAUUACUUACCAUUUACCCCAUAUUUAUAGCGCCUCUCUUCGAUAAAUACACUCCCUUAGAAGAAGGAGAAUUACGGAAAUCGAUUGAAGAGUUGGCGGCCUCGUUAAAAUUUCCUCUAACUAAACUCUAUGUGGUGGAAGGGUCAAAACGAUCAUCACAUAGCAAUGCUUAUUUUUACGGGCUAUGGAAUUCUAAACGCAUUGUUUUAUUCGACACCCUAUUGCUGAAUAAAGGUAAAAAGGACAUUACAGAUUUAAAAGACGAAGAUAAAGGCAAGGGCUGCACUAACGAAGAAGUAUUAGCAGUUUUGGGCCAUGAGCUUGGACAUUGGAAAUUAGGCCAUGUUACGAAAAAUAUUAUCAUCAUGCAAAUUAAUCUUUUGCUAAUCUUUUUUAAUUUCAACACUCUUUUCAAAUAUGCGCCGUUUUAUGAAGCUGUAGGGUUUGCUCCUGGCGUAAGACCUGUACUAGUUGGGUUGUUUGUCAUUCUCAGUUAUGUUAUGGCGCCGUAUAAUGCUCUCCUGGGUUAUGCUAUGACAAUCCUAUCCCGUCGUUUUGAAUAUCAGGCCGAUGAGUUUGCCCAAAAAUUGGGCUUCUCUGAGAAGCUAUGUGAAGCUCUGAUUAAAUUAAAUCUCGAUAACCUCGGGUUUCCUAUACACGAUUGGUUAUAUUCGUCAUGGAGUCAUUCUCAUCCAACUUUGCUGCAACGCAUGCAUCGCCUCCAAGAACUUGAUGAAGCUGAUAAAAAGAAAAAAUAAUUUAUCAUUUGCUGCCGUAAAUUUUUUUUUUAUAGUUUUUCUAACCUCAAUA